AGAAGGAUGGUUAGGGGAGGGGAAGUGGGUUCGUGGGCGGAGUUGUGUGAGCUCAUGAGGACUACCUUUGUACCAAAGUCCUAUUUCCUCCGACUUCGAGGGGAGUUUCAAGAUUUGAAGCAAGGGACGAAGAGCGUAAUGGAGUACUACUAUGAACUCCUAUCAUUGAUGAGCAAGGUAUGGGUGGAGGAGCGAGAAGAGGCGACUCAAGAUCGAUUUAUCCAUGGCCUUAACAUCAACUUGAAGCACAAGGUGCAAGUGGAGGCAUUGAGGGGAAUUUCCUUGGAUGAGGUGAUUGGGUUUGCCGACACUUUUGAGAGGCAAAGUAAGGAGUUGGUUUCUAGCCGGGCUAAAUGGGCGUCUAGCCAAACCGGAGGGACGGGGACUAGCAAGUGGAGUGCUCCCGGCAAGAAGGUGGAAAACAUGGCCAAUCCAAACACGCAAGGGAGGCCGAUCGCGAAGGCUUUACCGGGUACUCAACCUAUUAAAGCUAUAGCCCCUAUGGAAGACAAGAAGGUUCAAUGUUUCAAGUGCAAGGGGUAUGGCCAUUAUGCACGCGAGUGCCCAAACCAACGGGUAAUGGUUAUCGGGCAAGAUGGUAGCGUGUAUAGUGAGGAAGAUGAAGAAGAUGGGGAGGGUGUGGGCACUAAAGAAGUGAGCCCGGACACCGACAUAGCUUUUUCUAGUGGUGAAGAAGAAGAUACACCCUUAAGGGCUAUGGUUGUACUCCGAAUGCUCAAUGUACAACCCAACCUUGAGGAGCAUAAGGAGCAAAGGUGCAACAUCUUUCAUAUGAAGUGUAAGGUGAAGUCCAAGACGUGCUUGGUCAUCAUAGAUGGAGGGAGUUGUACAAAUGUGGUGUGUGACCGGUUGGUGGCCAAGUUGGGAUUGAAGGUACUUAAACACCCAAACCCCUACAAAUUGCAAUGGUUAGGGGACUUCGGAGAGUUGAGGGUGAAGGCUCAAUGUAAAGUUCCAUUGAAGAUUGGAGAAGUUGAGGAAGAAAUCCUAUGUGAUAUCAUUCCUAUGACGGCAUGUCAUGUUUUGCUAGGGAGGCCAUGA